AAGGCCACUCCUUUGUGAAUGGAAGUGAAAGCAACAGGUUUGAUCGGAGGAAAAUGGCUUCCAGUCUGGACCUAUUGGAUUGCUCUAUUUGUCUGCAGCUGCUGGACGAACCUGUGACUACUGCCUGUGGACACAGCUUCUGUAAGACAUGUAUAAACACUUUCUGGGACACAGGACGAAACCUCAAAGGGAAAUACAGUUGUCCUCAGUGCCGGACAACUUUCAGCCCAAAGCCUGCUCUUCAGAGAAACACAGUCUUGGCUAAUCUGUUGGAGGAGCACAAGACGAAACCCAGUCAAAGUGCUGCUGGUGAUGAAAGUGAUGUUGCUUUACCAGGGGAUGUGCCGUGUGAUUCUUGCACUGCAAGAAAACGAAAAGCUGAGAUGUAUUGUCUCAUGUGUCUUGCCUCCUUCUGCGAGACACAUGUGCAGCCUCAUUUCCAACUUCCUGUACUGAAGAAGCACAAGCUGAUUCAGGCCUCUACGAGAAUCAAGGAAAGCAUCUGCUCCCGUCAUGACAGACUUUUUGAAAUUUUCUGUCGCACUGAUGAGCAGCUGGUUUGUCCACUUUGUGUGGUGCAGCACAAAAAUCAUGACAUUGUGGAAGUCACGGCAGAAGUCAAAGCAAAGCAGGAGGAGCUGGAAAGAACCAGAAAGAAAAUUGCAGAUGCAGUUCGGGUUUCGCAGUGUGAAAUAGGACAGCUAGAGGAAGCAGCAAAAUCUAUUAGAGAUGCUGCUUGGGAGUCAAGUGACAACUUUGAGCAGCGAUGUACCGAACAUCUCCGUUUAUAUGCUCAUUUUCUGGAAAAGAAAUGUCUUGAGAUGAGAGGCAAAGUUGAAGAGGUAGAGAAAGCUGGAGUUGACUGGACUAACGGUCACAAAGCACGACUGAAGCGUGAAGUUCAUAAACUGAAGGAAAUGGAUCAUAAGCUCUGCCAGCUUGCACAGACAGAUGAUCCCAUUCAGUUCCUAAAGGAUAUUCAAGCUGUGGGUGGCCUCCCUGUGUUUUCAGGUUCACAUGAAGGACUGGUGUCUCUGAAAGAGUUUGUGUCUGCAAAAACCAACCAAUUGAAAAGCAUGUGUGGCAAGCAGAAUGUACAAUUAUUUGGCCAUUUUAUGGAUAAUAUAAUGAUGCAUAUUCCCAGAAAGCUUCAUAUCAAACCAACAACAAGAAAAGACAUCCUGGCCAAGUUUAUAUAUCCUACGCUGGAUCCUCACACAGUGCAUGCGUGUCUAUACAUGGCAAACACCAAGAGAGAACUAUCAUGGGGAAUAACAGGCCAGGCUCAUCCUGAUCACCCUGACAGAUUCUCCCACUUUUACCAAUCGCUGUGCCAAGACGACCUUCAAGAAAACAACUACUGGGAGGUGGAGUGGGAUGGUGGCAUCAUUGAGGUGGCUGUGUCAUAUAAAGGCAUACAAAGGAAAGGGCAGGGUAAAGACAGCUGCUUCGGACACAACAAGCUGUCUUGGAAAAUCAUCUGUUCUCCUUCUGGUUGCACUUUUUGGCACAACAGUCUUCAUAAAGGUCUGAUUCCCCCAGCUCAGUCACGUAGAGUGGGUGUGCACCUUGAGUACAAUGAAGGAAAGUUGAGCUUCUACAGUGUUUCGCGCAUUGGCGAGCUCACGCUACUGCACCGAGUCCAGACAACAUUCAGUGAACCUCUCUAUCCUGGCUUUAGUGUGGAUUUAGGAGCGAGCCUAACAAUGUGCAAGUUUUAAGCUCUACUUCAACCUUAUUGUCAGGGGAAAUAAGAAACUAAAUAAGCAGUAUUACAAACCGAUUUAUGCGUUACAAAAUAGUCUGUAAACUGAAAUAUUGAUAAUUUUUAGGACUUUUCCAUGUUUAAUUCCAUCUUUAAGAGGGACAUGUAAGUUCUUGAUGCAUUAUUUUCUGAAAUGAUAGCGAUAAAUGGUACAAUGUACAACUCAAACAUAAAUGUCACCAUUUGAUGCAUUUUACCAGAUCAUAGAAAAAGCCAAUUUCCAUCUGCAGACCCUUAAUGAUGCAAACAUGUAAUCAUCACUAUCUUGGACUGAGAUUUUUUAUUAUUAUUCUGUCAUUAAAGGACUUUGCAGUGAUAACUUAUAG